AUGAAACCAGCAACUUAUUUAAAAAAAGUUGGACCUUAUAGUCUAAUAAGAGAGAUUGGUUAAGGUAUUAUUUCAUAAGGGAGUAGGUUCAUUUGCAAGAGUGUUUAGAGGGAAAUUAGAUGGAAGGCAAGAAGAUGUGGCAAUCAAAAUGAUUUCAAAGUAGAAUGUUAGAAAUGAGAGUAUGUCUAUGAUUGAAAAGGAGAUUGAGAUUUUAAGAUAAUUAGAUCAUCCUAAUAUAAUAAAAUUAAUAGAUUUUAAAAGAACUUAGAAUCAUUAUUAUUUAGUAUUUGAAUAUUGUGAAAAUGGAGAUUUAGAUGCAUAUAUUAGGUUAUAUAAUAAUAGUUUAUGAUUAGAAAGUAUUCUCCUAAUGGAAAAUUACCAGAAGAAGAAGUAAGAAGAAUAGUUUAGUAAUUAGCAUAAGCAUUGUAAUAGAUGUACAAAUUAAGAAUUGUACAUAGAGAUUUAAAAUUAGCAAAUAUAUUAGUAUCUAAGAAUUUUUAAGUAUUGAAAAAAGAAUUACGUAUAGAUUAAAUUAGCUGAUUUUGGAUUUGCCAAAUAUAUGGAAGAAGAUUAAUAUUUAACAUCUUAUUGUGGAACUCCAUUAACAAUGGCACCAGAAAUACUAUAAAGAAAAUAAUAUAAUGAAAAAUGUGAUGUAUGGUCUGUAGGUGUGAUAAUUUAUUAAAUGAUAUAUGGUAGAUCUCCAUUUGUACCACCAAAGGGAGGUAAUAUAAAUGAUUUAAUUGCAAUAAUUAAUAAAGGUGAUUUAUAAUUUCCUGAAAUUUCUACAAUAUCAAUUAAAUUGAAAGAAUUAUUAAUACAAAUGUUAUAAUAAGAUUUUAAAAAAAGAAUAAGUUUUAGAGAUUUCUUUGAACAUAUUUGGUUAUAAGGAGAAGUGAAAGCUGAUUAUAUAUAGAGUAUUAAACAAGAUUUAUAAGAGAAUUCAUGUGAAAUAAUGCCUAUAAUACAUCAUAAAGCAAGUGAAGAUAUUUAAGAGGAGGAGAUAUUCAAUAAUGAAAGAGAUGAUAGUACAAAUGAAGUUUUAAAAGAUUAAUAAUUAAAAUACAUAGGAUAUUAAUUAUAAAAAUAAGCAAUAGGAUAUUUAGAUUUAAUGUUUGAAGAAAUUUAUAAAGUUAAAUAAUUGUGUGAUAAAAUAUAGAAUACAAAAAUAUAAUUUUAGUUUUUAAAAAAUAAAUUAAUUAGUUUAUCAUUAGCAAUUAGAAUUUAUGAAGCAUUUUUAUUAAAAUAAGUUAAUGAAUUUAUGAAAGAAUAAAUAGUUGUAUUACAUACACCUUCAAGUAAUAGUAGUUUGAUAAGUUUAUAAAUGAAAAGACCAUUUUAAACUCAUUAAAUUAUGUUAUAAAAAGAAAUUAUUGAAUUAAAAAAUUAUUUUAAAGAAAAUUAAAUGAUUAUAAAUUAAUUUGAAUAAUGUGGUUAUUGUAUUGCAGAUAAUAUAUUUGAUGAAAUUUUAGAAUUAUUAAUGAAUCUUAUUGAACAUUAAUAAUUAAUAGAUUAAAAUAUUUUUACACAAUUACUAUAAUUGUUGUAUUCUUUUAUUUAAUCUCCACCUUAAUUAUUAUAAGUUGAAUUAUAUAUGAAAUUAUAAACAGGAAAUGAUAUGAAUUAUUAUUGGCAUCUAUUUAAACUUGUUAGAGUUAAUUAAAAAUAUAUUGCAGAUUCAAUUGAAAAUCAAAUUGUAUGUGAAAAUUAUGAAUUUGAUAAAAAAUUAUAAUUUGAAUGGAAAUUAGUAAAAGAUGAUAGUGAAGAAACCCAAGUGUCUUUCAAUAAAGAAGAAAUUGAUAAAUUAUAAGACUUACUAAAAGAAGAAUAUACCAAAAGGGAUAUACGUUAAUAAAUAUAAUGAU